AUCACGCGAUCAGACGCCAUUUCCAACUGAAUAGGCGCCGCCCGUUAAAUGACGCUAAAACACGCUUCCUGCUGGUCUCCAUGGUAACCAAGGACGCGCACCAUCACUUCCUGGAGGACUCGUUGCCAUAGAAACACACUGCGCUGCACAAACAUGUCUGAUGCUGAGGAUGAAGUGCUUGAGGAAGAGGAGCAGGAAACAGAGGAACCGCAGUCGGGGGCCAAUCCAGAUGUGACACUGGAUCCUGACGACAAUGAGGAGGAAGAAAAGGAGAAAGAGGAAGAGGGGGCAGAGGAGCCAGAACCAGAGGAGGAGCCCCCACACGUUCCCAUCACAGAGGAAAUGCUGAAUGAAGGGUUGUCACUACUCUGUAAGACAGGAAAUGGAUUGGCUCAUGCCUUCGUCAAACUGGAAGUUAAAGAAAAAGAACUGACUGACAUCUCGCCUGUACAAUCCUUUAUUCACCUACGAUAUGUGGAUUUUUCCCAGAAUGCUCUACGGGACAUCUCCCCCCUAGCGGCUCUUACUCACCUUUUAAGUCUGCGGUUGGAUCAAAAUCAACUUCUCAAUGUGGCAGGGUUGGGAGAGCUUCCUUACCUGCAAAUUGCCAGCCUGGCACAGAAUCGCAUUCAAACAUUGCAAGGACUGGCACUGCCACGCCUGGAAUCACUCAACUUAAUAGGGAAUGAGUUGCGUACUGUAGACAGCCUGGACUGCAGUAAGCUCUGCAGCUUACACACAUUGGAACUGCGAGGGAAUCAACUGCAGAGCACAGCUGGACUGAACCUACCCAACUUACGGGAGCUCUAUCUGGCUCAAAAUAAUAUUAAAAGUUUGGAGGGUCUGGAGUAUCUUGUACAUCUAACCAGCCUCCACCUUCGAGACAACCAGCUUGAGACUCUGGAUGGGUUCUCAGAGAAGAUGCAGGCCUUACAGUACCUUAAUAUCCGGGGUAACUUGAUUAGCAACCUGCUAGAGAUCCCCAAGCUGCAGUGUCUCCCGAUGCUGCGGGCACUCGUAUUACGUGAGAAUCCAUGUGAUGAAGAAGAUGGCUAUCGUAUGGAGGUCCUCAUUGCGCUGCCUAACCUGCAGCGGCUUGAUAAGGAAUUCUUUGAGGAGGAGGAGAGGAUGGAGGCAGCAGAAACAUUGAAAACAAGACUGGAGGAGAAGAUGGAAGAAUCAAUGACAGAAUAAAGCUGGACUUAGAUCUCACAGGAAGGAGUGGUUUAUACAACCACGCAUUAAACGUCUUGCAUAAGUGAGAUUCUGACAAUCUCUGGCACAAGAAGAGUUAAUUCGGAGAAGCUGGUCAGGUCACUGACAGUACAAGGCAGGAGAUGUUAAAAGUGAAAUUUCUAUCCAGUGAACAGUGUGUGUGUGUCUCAGUGGUAAACCAUCUUCACCACAAAGUUUACAAUCUUAAUUAUACAAUACUCUGUCCCACAGAGCUUAUAAUCUAUUUAUAGGAGAUCCUAUUCCACUGAGCUUACAUUCCACUUAUAGGAGACUCGUUCCCACUCAGAUUACAUACUAGAACAAAAUGCGAGAUUGAAUACUACAGAGCUAACACUUCAGCAUGCAAUGGGAAACCUCAGCCCACAGAGCUUACACCUUAGUGAUGGAAUAGGUGUCUUUCUCCAAAGAGCUUCAUUUCCGAGUUCCAAUGCAACAAUAUAUUGGUUUUCCCAAAUAAUGUCAAAUGUCAAUGUGCCAAGAAGAAUCUGGAAGAUUGUGUUAAACACCACCUCGCUGCAGCCACUUCCUGUACUUGUGAGAGCUCAAUGAAGAAGCUGCAAAUCCUCCAUGUGAAAAGAUAAAUUAUCCAUAAGGCAUAUAUUAUCAACCUAUGAUUGUUGUAUUUAAUUGUUACAAAAAGUCCACAACAAGGUUCCUGUGACGUAUUAGGUAAGUUUUAUGGUCUGUCAUAUUAUCGUGAAAGAUAUAUUAUACGAUAAAUCGGUCGCACGUAUUAAACUAUGAGUUUCUGUUUUC